AUGUUUCGAGAUCGGACAAACUUGUACUUGUCGUACCGGCGGACGGUCCCCCGGCGAAGUGGAGCUCGGCCAGUUGAUCUCAAUGAAGAGGAGAACCUUAUUGGCCAGCGCCGAUUCCGUGAAGGCAGCGGGCGCCACUCGGUGGACGGGGGCCAGCUGAUUGAAAUGAAGCCGCUAGUGCCGCUGAUGUUUGAGAUUGCCGACGAAUUGAGUAACAAUUUGGGUUUCAUUAAGAGCCAGGUGGCUGAACUCAACGGCCUCUAUAAGAAGCUUAUUAUCGUCAACCAGCUGGAGAAGCCUAAGCUUGAAGAGCUGAUCGAGGAGCUCAAUUACCGGAUCCUCAAGGAUUUUGAAAAGUGCUACGUGUUGGUGAAGAAGUUUGAGUACUUGGAAAAGAACCACGGCAAGCUCAACCUCAACUAUACCCCUCAGGACCUCGAAAUCUUGGCCAAUUACAAAAAGAACUACGCUCGCCAGAUCCUGGAGCGGUCGAUGAUGUUCAGAAAUUUACAGAACAACUACAUCAAGUUCUUAAACAAUGACGACGACGAAACCGAUAUGUUGUUGCUCGAGGAGACCGAACUGAAGCCCGCCGGCCCGGGCGACUCCAUCGAGGAGUAUAGCAAGCAGGUGCUUCAGACACGACAGCAGGACCUGCUGAUGUUGCAGCAGCGAGAUCGCGAGAUUUCUAAGCUUGCCAUGGGGAUCUUGGAGAUUCUGACCAUCUUCAAAGAGAUGGAACUGAUGGUGGUGGACCAGGGGACAUUAUUGGACCGCAUCGACUAUAACUUACACAACACGGUGGCGGAUCUCCAGCAGCUGGACCGCGAGCUUGUCAAAGCGCGCUCGUACCAGAAGCGCACCACCAAGUGUAAGCUUAUCUUCUUGCUUCUGCUUGUGGUGGCGGUGCUCUUUAUGAUCGUUAUCGUGAAACCACACGGGAAGACGAAAGUGGUGGAAGCUCCCGCUAAGCCUCAGAAACCCCAGACACCGGAAACGCCUGCUUCUGACCCUGAUUCCCAGGUGGUAAAACCCAAACCGAUUGCCGAUGACUCGUCGCCGGCGCCUGAUCGACCCCUGGUCCCAGAUAAUCAAUAG